UCUACACUCUCUAGUCUCUACAAACUCCAUCUCCCCCUUGGCUCCCUUCUCCAGUUCUCCCCCACCUCACAUACUCUCUUCUCAAUUUGUUCAAACACACGCUUUGACGGACAAAAAUGGCAGCACCGAAAACAGUAUCAGAGGAUGUAUCAUCAUCAAGCCCUGACAACAGCCUGCAGGUUUCGCAGUACGAAGAUGCUGCAGCCCAAUCACCAUUGCCCCAACGUCUCUUCAAAUCAUUCCACCACCAUUACCCCUCUGGCUUUCUCAGGAAGGUGUUGGCUGAGGUUAUAGCAACGUAUCUGUUGGUGUUCGUGACAUGUGGGGCGGCAGCUAUUAGUAACUCCGACGAGCACAGAGUGUCAAAGCUGGGGGCUUCCGUCGCCGGCGGGCUAAUAGUGACGGUGAUGAUCUACGCGGUGGGACAUAUCUCCGGGGCACACAUGAAUCCUGCCGUCACCACUGCUUUUGCCGCCGUUAGACACUUCCCCUGGAAACAGGUGCCAUUUUAUGCAGCAGCCCAACUGGGAGGAGCAAUUGCAGCCAGCUUCACCCUUCGAGUUCUGCUUCACCCCAUCGAAAACGUCGGCACCACCUCCCCCGCCGGCUCUGAAUUCCGGGCUCUCGUCAUGGAGAUCGUCGUCACUUUCUCGAUGAUGUUCGUCACCUCCGCCGUAGCCACCGACACCAAAGCUGUUGGAGAGCUGGCAGGCAUGGCAGUUGGUUCAGCUGUAUGCAUAACGUCAAUCUUGGCCGGACCGGUUUCAGGAGGGUCGAUGAACCCGGCAAGGACACUCGGACCGGCUAUUGCUAGCUCACACUAUAAAGGGUUAUGGGUGUACCUAGUUGGACCCAUAACCGGAACAAUGCUGGGAGCUUUGUCUUACAAUUGCAUCAAAGUGGCCGAUGAUAAGGACCCGCAAGCCAUUUCCGCUCGGUCCUUCUCGUUGAAGCUUAGAAGAAUGAAGAGCGGCAAUGUUGCUCCAAACAGAGACCCUUUUGAGCAUCUCUAAACCGAUUAGAGGUGCCAACCAUGAUCACUCUCCUGAAAAGAAAAGGGGGGAAAAAAUGUUCUAAGUUUGGGGUGUAUUUCUAUCAUUUGCCAAGUGGAAGGGUCAUUGGAUUGAAUAUUAAGAGUUAGGGAUACUAAAUUGUCAAAUUGUAAAAUAUGUGAGGGACAAAUGGGUUUGUGCAUCAACAGGGGCUAUAAUGUUUACUCUCUUGUAAAAUAUUCUGUUAUUUGGACCUCGGAGAGUAUUUGGGUCGUUUGUUAGCUGUAUUGGGUAACCGUCAAAAGUUUGGGUACUUCAUUAUGAUAUGCAAAACAGUGAACUAGCAACACUACAUAUGAACCAUUAGAUAAUUUCUUGAUGAAGUAAAAGCCUUCUACUUCUACAUGAUGUUGGUGCAAGA